CAGAGUUAACAAAGAAAAUUGCGAACACGCGCCUAGUUUGUGCUUGUUGAGUAAUUUCACCUUGGAGAUAACUUCCUUCUGAACAUGCAUGCGACGUAUACAGUUGUUUUAUCGAAAACUUCGAUUAUUUGUUUAUUAUGUGUAUCAUAGAACACAUGUUUAUGCUUCUCAGUACAAGAGAUCACCCUAGGGACCAAUCGCUCGAAUUAGGUAGCUCGACUGGCCAAAAAUGCAGUCCAAAUACCAAGUAAUUGUGACUCGGAUGUAUGCCAGUACAUCAGUAGAAGUAGUUCGUAACAUUUUGAAUAAUAAUUGUUAUUAAAUACUGUUGUGUUUCAAUGUACUCACAUGUAAUACACUUGAAGAAUAAAUGUAGUAAAACUUUAAGUGUCUUAAUUACAUACAUACAUUGAAACACAACAAUGGCGACGAGGAAGAGAUGUGUAAAACACAUGAAAAGCGGAUUAACUGUGUAAACAAAACCAGUGCUGUGUAAUUAAUUAGUUGGACUGAGUAUUUACCAAAAAUGGCUAAACAGUUUCCACACAAGACUCAGAAAUCUUCGAGAACACUGCGAGUUUGCAAACACAGACAAGGAAAUUAAGUCACAAAUUAUAGAAGGCUGUACGUCAACAAGACUAAGGCGCAAAGCACUCAAAUCAGAAAUGUCUUUAGAAGAAAUAAUCAAAGAAGCGCGAUCUCUGGAACUGUGUAAUGAAAGGAAACAGUGGCAAUCUGUUUUCAUACUCUACAUCAGUGUCACUGCAAGUCGUUCCAAAAAAAAUAUUCAAUGACAAGCAAAAGUGAAAUAUGUGACGAAUGUGAGGUAUUCAGAGGCAUUGGGAAAUUGAAAGACACACAAAUUAAGUUAUUUGUCGACAAAACAGUUCAACCAGUUGAACAACCACAUAGAAGAAUACCAUUUCACCUUCGAAAACAGGUUGAAAUUGAACUUAAAAUGCUCGAGGACAUGGACAUAAUCGAAAAAGUAGUUAUACCAACAGACUGGGUAUUACCGAUUGUCGUAGCACCGAAACCGAAGAGCAAAAUCAAUGAAAUACGUAUCUGUAAAGACAUGGCAUUUCUAACGAAGCGAUUAAAAGGACUCGACACAUUAUAUAAAAAAUUGACGAUCUAAUUGUAGACUUAAAUGGUUAAAAAAUAUUCUCAAUGUUAGAUUUAAAUCAAGCAUUCCAUCAACUUGAAAUCUCAAAGAAAUCACGCAACAUAACCACAUUCACUUCACAUGUUGGUUUAAGACGUUACAAAAGACUAAACUUUACAUUAACAUGUGCAUCAAGUUUUCCAAAAUGAAAUACGGACCUCACUUGAAGGAGUAAAAAACAUCAGCAAUGACAUAAUUGUUUUUGGCAAUUCACAGGAGCAACACGACAGUAGACUGGCAGCCGCCCUACGACAUCUUCAGGAAAGAGAUUCACACUGAACAAACAGAAAGGGCCAAAUGUUUUGUCCAUGCUGUGGUGAAUGUGCGAAAGAAAGCUGGAAAUAUUGUUUAAAUUGCGGCACGACGUUACCAGUUGUACAAGAUGAAUCAGAUGACGAAGCGACUAUAGCAAUUUCGUCGCUGGACAUUCAAGAUGAGAGCGAAUCCGAGGAUGGUAUUUAUCAAAGGCCGAGCGGAGCAGAAGCUACAACUACUAAUGAAGUAACAGAGGAAUACGAAGAUUACGAGUUGGGAAGUGAUUUUAUUGAUGAUCUUAAAGUGAUAUCGGAUACCGAAACAGAGGAAUACAGACGAAUACUGAAGGAAACGGGAUACACAGCUCUUCGUGAAAAGUUAGAAGAGACAAUCAAUGGGUGGAAAAAAAUCAAAAUAAAUAUUGCUGUCACAGGGGAAUCUGGCACAGGGAAGUCUUCCUUUAUCAAUUCUAUCAGGGGGUUAAUGGCUGAUGACCCUGGGGCAGCUGAAGUUUCCGCCGUCGAAACGACUAUGAAACCCACAGCUUACGACCACCCUGACAAUCCAAAUCUUCAGGUUUGGGAUUUGCCUGGAAUAGGAACGUUAAACUUCACGCGGGAGAACUACUUGCAGGAAGUCGAUUUAAACCGCUUUGACUUUGUUUUGCUCCUGUCGUCGUCGAGGUUUAAGGAAAAUGACAUUUGGCUCGCAAAGGAAAUUUUUAAGUUGAAGCCAAAUUUUAACUUGUUCUUUGUACGAACAAAGAUCGACGAUGAUCUUCGCUCCUCCCAAAAAGGACGACGCAAACUUCAGACUGCGGAAGAUAUGCACGCAUUGCAGCAGGAAGUCAGAGACAAUGCAAGGCUCAAUCUUCUGAAAGGCGAGAUAUCCAAUGCAGAUAUAUAUCUUGUUGACAACCAUGACACAGCAGCUUUUGAUUUUGGUACAAUCUUUUCGAAACUGAUCCAAAAGGUUUCCCGUAUUAAAAGGGAAGCAAUGAUCAUGUCAUUGACUGGGGUCACAAACGAAGUUGUUCAAAGGGAGCUCGCUAUUUUGAAAAGUAGAAUCAGCUUGGUUUCUAAAACCGCUGCAGUGGCGGCCGUCUUUGCAAACACUGGCACGAACAAAUAUCCGGCAGAAAUAGACGUGUUGCUAAAGGAGUGCAGAUUUUAUCGUUCGCAGCUAGGACUCAAUUUAGAAUCGCUUCAAAUCAUCGCAAAUCGUCUUGAAAUUGACUUCGAAAAAUUGCUGGCCAAGUUGGCAAUGAAAUCACACAUAUAUGUAGAUUCCGAGGAUAGGUUUGCCAUGUAUUAUAGGGUGGUUAAAAAAAUUGAACCAAAACUUUGGCAUACACUUCCAAUUAUUGGAGACAUGUUAAAGGUCAAAGCUUACCAAAAGCAAUGCGCUUUUCUUAUGAAAUCAUUCCUUGACAUAUGUGCCAAAGAAACACAUGACCUACAGAUGCACAUGACCAUGGCUUUAGAGGGAUCCGAUAAUUAGAGUCGGUACAGGCGAACCAAACGUCAUUUUCCUUGAACCCGUGUAAAUAAGCGAAACUUCUGCUUGAAAACGUUUGUGUGUAAUUUUAUUUUUACAAAUUCUAACAACAGAUCUGUAAAUGACAUUUGUUAUGUUUGUAAAUGUUUUAUUGUAAGAAGUGUAUUGUAUUGAUAAUUGUAAAUAUUGCUGAGCUUGGCCCUGCUGUUUCGUUGGCAUACUGAAUAGGUUACUUCUACAAUUUGUGGUAAAGAAACUCAUCACUUUCUUACACUGGAUACACGGCAAUCUUUUGGAUUUCGUCUGUCAGAAAACCAUCUAUUUAUUAUCAGAUCGAUGGUGUUCAUGAGCUAUAUGUCAUGGUUGGAAAAGUAUUAUAUCAGAUAAAACUUGACUGCUUGAGGUCAAAUAACAAUUAAUAUUGUUAACACUUUUGGCGUUUAAAAGUCUUGUUUUGUUUUGUCAUAAAAUAAACUUUCAAAUUUUAUCAAAAUGGUACGCAUGAGUGUAUGCUGAAAUCGUUUCAUUCAAUUUAUAGCACAAAAAAGAAACAUGCCAUAUAAUCAUUUAUAUUUGCUGCUUGCGUUAGAAUGUUGUUUCAUUGCCGGUUGCGUUUUUCUAAAGAAGUUCAUUAUUAUGUGUUUCAUACUUUUUAUCUAUUUCGUUUAAAUGUAUUCAUUUUUGAUUCGUUUAUUACCGUUAUUUAUCUUUUAUAGAACUUCAUUUACGAAAUGUUUGCCAAUACAGCAAUAAGUAAUAUUGUUGUUUAAAUGAAAUGAUUUGCCAAGAUUCGUGUCAAAGUAGUAAAUAAGUUUGAUAAUAAUUAUAACACGAGUCAGGUCAAAUUCGAAUGUAAAUUAGGUCUUAGAAUUAAUUGUAUAAGCAAUUUUUCUGACCAUGUCAUCUUUUCAUCAGGUAUAACAUGUACAGUUUUUUGUGGUUGAUUUUUUGUGAAAAAUAAAAAAAAGGUCGACAGUUUUGUUUAAAGAAUGCUAAAGAAGAAGUCGUUCAUUCGUUCAUGUUCCAGGUGAUUGAUUUGCUCACACUUUAGUUCAUCUUGUUGGCCAGUAAAUAUUUUCCAUUUCCUUUUCCUGUAAACCACAUAACAAGUCGUUAUCACUUACUGAUUAGAACUGAGUCAUACUUAGAUCGAAUGAUUCAGUGUUAAUGUUCAAAGUUUAUUUAAGUAAUUUGUUAAAAUGUUACAAAAUAUGUAAGCAUUUUGUUGUUGAUGUUAAUGAGACGGAACAUGCUUAUCAAUGUAUCUUCUUCUUUGUCCUUCCGCUAUCAAUGUACGUAUUUAACGAUCACUUUUCCGAAUUAAUAUUUCUGAGAAGUCAUAAUAUAUUUUUCGAAACCAGAACUUAUUGGCCGGUUUAGGUACGAUUGUCCUUUUUGUUCAGUAAAAGUUUCAAUUAUUUGUGUGACACUAGCUAAAUAUGCUAUGAACUUCUUGAUUUUGGUUUGUUUGUUUAAAAAGGUAGUAUAAAACAUAGUAUAAGUCCUGCUGGAAACAUGAUAAUUACAAAAUAAUAUACAUGAUAGAGACGGAAUAAAAGUAUAGAAUGAUAGUUAAUACUAUUUAAAGUGUAAAUAUAGUUACCAUUUUGAAUUAAAAACUAUCAUAGAAUCAUCUUAACAGUAUUUUGCUAUUGUAUCGAAUCGAUGUAUUGAGGUACUUUUAUUAUCGAUGCUUGAUUUUUGAAGUAUGAGCAGGAAAUUUUGAUCGGUGAUUAUGUGAAAAGAGGAAUGAUUAAGGAAACCGCAUUGAUUUUAUGAUAUUUUGUCGAACGAUGUCGUGUUAUUGUUCGUAUUCGAUUCACAAGGAAACUCUGUAACUGUAUAAAAACUGUACUUUCUAAUAUUAAUAAUAUCUGUCAUGUGUUUCCGGGCCGGAUAGAAAAUCCCACCCGAGGGCACCUACAUUGCCAGGUAAAGAGGCUUGUCGAGUUACCAGCUUUGUAGCUUGCCCGAGGGUCGGAAUUAAUCUAUCCGGACUUGACACACAUGAUUGAUAUUUUUCUAACAUACAUUAAAUAACAUUUUUGUGAAAAAUAACAUAUGAAAACAUAUUUUGUACAUUUCACCACAAAACACGUGCGAUGAUGUUUACUGACGUCAUGACGCGCAGUUAUUUUCAUUCAUAUUUGGAUCAUGUCAAUUUCAGUGUACACUUAUCAUUCUUAAAAAUAAAAUUUCUUCUCACCUUG